AUGGCAAUCUCUCCAGGCUCUGAUGUUUCUCCACACAUAACGUUGCAUGUUCCUUCUAAACAACUCUGCUUUGGUUUCAUCUAUCCACAGAAUAUCUUGCCAGUCGUGCUGUGGAACAUCCAGAUGGUCCCAGUGCUCCUGAACAUACCCUUGGCCACAGUGUUUGUGCUGGGCUCCAUGUGUGCCGUGCCGCUCCAGGGCCAGAAGCCGGGUCAGGUGGACCCCCUGGCGGCCCACCGAGCCAACCCGCAGUGCUGGGACUCCUCCUCGGCGCUGUUGCUGAAGAUGCGCUCCCCGAGGAUCGCUGACACGGUGCCCGCCUUCUGGGAGCUGAUGGUUUUCCUCAGGGCGUCAGACAACAGCAAACACACGGCGCUCUACUGGGACCUGGCCCGGGUUUUUUGGGACAUCUAUGUGGACUGUGUGCUGUCCAGGAGUCACGGCUUAGGACGGAGACAAGUCACCGCCGUGCACUCCCUCAUUACUGACAAAUCCUUCAGGUUCAACAGCUCAGGUGUGAAUUCCCGGUCAUGGCUCAGGGUCAGAGUGAGACGCCGAGGACAAAUCAAGACCCUAAAGACCAACAAACACUAUCACAAAUAAUGAAUAUGAUUUUCAUAUUUAUACACAGUGUAAUUCCUCACUGUACAUGUCACUAUAAACAAACCCUGUGGGGGUCACCACUCAGUGACGUCUCCCGCAGAAGCCUCUGUUCCCACUGUUAUUAUUUUGAUAAGCAGACAUUGAAAAGACUUCAUACUGGAUUGUGACAAGUUUGCAAAGACAACAUUAGUCUAAGUUGACUUCAGAUUGUUU